AUGUACAUCGAAUGCGUUUGGUACAAAUGUGGCCCAUUCGAAGAUGCAUCUGCUUCAGCAGGAGACCGUUCAGACUUAUUCCAACGAUGUUUAGCUAUUUGCAAACAACGCAACUGCUGGUCCCAGACGCCGAUCAGCCUCUCUCUCUCUCUACGCCUCACUCGCUGGACGUGUGCAGAUGAUUGCGCAUACUCCUGCAUGCACCAAAUAACGGACAGCUCCACCGCAUAUGGACAGCCGGUUGUACAAUAUUAUGGAAAAUGGCCUUUCUGGCGGUUCCUUGGCAUGCAGGAACCUGCAUCAGUGCUCUUUUCCCUGCUGAAUUUCUGGGUCCACUUGCGAGGCUACAGGACAGUCAAAAUGCUCGUCCCUGAUAGACAUCCCAUGAAGCCUUUUAUGAUUCUGUGGAGCGCAGUGAAUAUGAAUGCGUGGACAUGGUCGACAAUAUUCCAUGUUCGUGACAAGCCAUUGACAGAGAAACUCGAUUAUUUCUCUGCCGCUCUCGUAUUCAUCACAGCCCUUCACUCUGUCGUGACUCGGUUUUUCUUCAUUGGACGACCUGGCCGCCGGACACUAUACUUUGGCUGGACAGCAUUGUGCAUCAUUGCAUUUAUAACCCACAUUUCCUACCUCUCUUUCUCGCCUCGCUUUGACUAUUCUUAUAACAUUAUUUUCAAUCUCGUUAUUGGCCUUUCGCACAACCUGCUUUGGCUACUUUACUCCCUCUCCGCAUCCUAUACUAUCAUCCGCCGAUUUCCUCCAAGGUCAGCUCCGAGGGACUAUCGACCAAAGUGUGCUUCGCAAGCUGCGCUGGGGGUCGCAUUGACUAUGGCUGCCAUGUCACUGGAGCUGCUCGACUUUCCUCCCAUUGGACGCUUUCUCGACGCUCACGCUCUCUGGCAUGCGGCGACUGUCCCAAUUGCAGUACUAUGGUACAGGUUUCUGGUCGCCGAUGCAUUAGACGAAGGUUGGAAGCAGGCGAGACUUUAG